CAAAAAUACUGGAAUAACAUACUACUGAAAUUUACAGUCAAAAGUGUUGCGGUAAAAAUAUAGGAUGAAUUUUGUGUUGUUGUUUGCAUUUUUUACGUUCUGGAAUAAGAACGCUUGGGGUCUUAUCCAUGGAAAUUUUAUAGAGGGUCGCAUUAUUGGGGGAGACGUUGCAAAAGCAGCACAAUUCCCCUUCAUGGCAUCUCUUGAAAUAAAAGCAUCAACUUCUGCAUAUUUUUGUGCGGGAGCUCUCAUCCACAAGAACUGGAUUUUAACAUCGGCUCUUUGUUUAUACCAGGCCAAUAAUGUCACUGUUAAUCUCGGCUCAAAUAGUCUCAACGCGUACGAUCCUAAUCGUAUUCAACGCUUUGUUGAAUCUUCUAAAUCCACAAUAAUUAUUCAUCCUGAUUUUAAUGCUACAAGUCUCCAAAAUGACAUCGGUCUGAUCUACAUUAAAACAGAAAUCCCACUUUCUGAAAACGUCCAAACAAUUAAGCUCGCUUCAAUAAAUUUACCCACACUUUUGAAAGCCACAGCUUUGGGCUGGGGACAGACCAGUGACGCCAAUUCAACUUUAGCUCAAGACUUGCAAUUUGUCACAGUUGAAAUUAUAACAAAUCUUGAAUGCCAAGCAAUUUUUGGCUCGCAAAUUACCGACAGUAUGGUUUGUGUCAAAGGCAAAGAUAAUGAAGGUCCUUGUUAUGGUGAUACCGGUGGUCCGUUAGUCAUAAGACCAUUGGGGUCAUCAGUUUUGGAACACGUGGGGUUAUCGACUUUCUUUAGUGGAAAUGGUUGUGAAAGUAAGGAUCCUUCUGGAUACACAAGGACGUAUCCUUACGUCGAUUGGAUCAAAGACACAAUAAAUAAAAAAUAGAUUUUAAAAAUAAGUAUAUCAUUUUUGACAUAUUUCUUGGAUACAUUUUUUUUGUUUUUUUUUUGUUAACAAGUUUAUGCAUUAAUUUAGGUAGAAACUUUGUAAAUGGUAGCUAAAAACACCUUACUUUGGUUUGGAAGGCUUGGAAGGAAAUAUUUUAUUUUAGAUUAUUUGAAUAAAGAAAGUUUUUGAGAAAAACUUAAAAA